AUGCGUUCUUCAAUUUCAUUAUGUUUGAUACUAGUAUUUUUAAGUUUAUUUGCUAUACCAUCGAUCUGUAUAGAAACUUACAAGAUCGAAGGAAGAUUGGUUCCUAAUUUAUCACAACUUGAACCAACGACAAAGAUUGUAUUGGAUGGUGGAAAAUAUUCCACUUUAAUUCGCAAAAAUGGAAAAUUUAAACGAAAGGAAAAGAAAACUAAUGAUUUGAUUUUACUUUCCAGAGAUAACGUGCCACCAGGAUCUUAUUUGUUAGAAGUUUCUUCAAGAAAGUUCAUAUAUCCGAAGAUAAGAAUUGAUGUUGAUCCAAGAGGUGUUAGACCUUUUGUAACAAUAACGGGCAGUGAAUGGAGUUAUAAUGGUCCUGCUUUACAGUAUCCAUUAGAAUUAUCCGCUAGAUCCACUGCAGACUAUUUUCUAGCUAGGGAAGGAUUUAGUAUUACAAGUUUAUUUGCAAAUCCAUAUAUAAUUAUGAUGGGCUUCAGUGUAGUAAUAUUAUUCAUCAUGCCAAAAAUGAUGGCAAACUUAGAUCAAGACGCCUUAAAAGAACUUCAAGAAAAUCAAGCGCAAAAUCCAUUGGCUGAAAUGCCCGAUAUUUCUACUACAUUAGCAAAUUAUUUAUCAGAUUUCCUUGUUGAGAUGGUCAUGUUACCUCGUUAUUCCUGA